GCGCGCUGUCCGUCGAAUGGAUCGGGUGUGGCGACGCGUCCAGGGAGCAUCGGCAGCCGGGGGUGGGCGUCGCGGCGCGACCGCGUGCUGCGGAUGCCCGACGCAACCUUGUCAACUGCACGUGGACCAACGUGCCAAGCGGGGCGGCGGGGGUCGAAAAUCGCGAGGUGGCGGCGGCGGCGGCGGUGGUCCGCGAACGAUUGUUUGCGGAUGUCAGGUUCAGCCCUGCCCCGUUCAUCCCGUCCUCGUGAGAGUGAGGAGAACCCGGCCUUCCACCGCCGCUAACUGCAACGCGUCGUCGGCGGCCAACGCGAAUCGCGAAUGUGACUGCCCUCAGGAUCGUCCUUGCCCCCAUACACCGAAAAGCUCAGUUCCGCGCAGGGUGCGACGCAGAUGCGAUUGUGCGGAGCAAGGGUCAUCAUCCUGUCAGCAUCCGCACCACGUGGCAGGCGUCGCCGGUACACCUUGUCGUCGUCCCCCUUUGUCGUCGUCGGGGAUGUCGAACGGUGGUUGCGAUUGUGCCGACAAGUCGUCGUGUCCUCACGUCGUUGCAGGUGCGGAUAGUGCGAGUUGUGAUUGCGUGGCAAAGCCAUGUUACCACACGGUUAAAACGCGCGGCGGUAAUCGCGUCGGUUCGCAAUUGGGCAAUUGCAAUUGUACGGCGUCUUCUUCGUGUCCCCACAAACCGGCUUCGGAGGGACGUAUAAAACGUGUCAAGUGUAGAGUUAGGAGAGCGGGAUGUGCUAUGGCCAGAUGUACCGCCGAACUGGCGAUGCUUCACCUUCAUUGGGAACUUGCCGCGGAAUGCGCACCGUGCAGACCCAGAGCACUGACGAGAAGACUAUGCCGCAGACAGCAGAGUGACAAUGAACUGUAUCGCAGCAACAGUUUCAAAUUCGAAAGAUUCGAAAGGAGCAGAGAAGAGCAGACAACUCCGCUCAAGAAACAGAUAUCUCUCUGCGACGAUUACAGUCUACCCGUUGAUUUUGUUAACAAAAGAAGACCGGCGAGCGUCGCGGUACCCUCGGCAUCGGCUGCGGCAACUUCCACCGUCCAAUGGGCCCUCCCGAGUCCAACCGCCGAAAAUGCUGAAAUCGAGGUCGUAGAGCAGUACAGCGAUCCGAGAGACAGUAAAAAUAAAUCCUACUCCGAACCGAGCGCCGAAGUCCCCUUGCCAAAGGUAUACGCCAAGGUCAACCGAGAUUACUGCAGACCUUACACAGAUCCGUCGGCGUCGGAGUCGUCCUGCGCGGAGGACGAGGAGGUGGGCAAACUCGGUGAAAUCCGUCGGCGGAGGAACAGCCUUUACAAAUCGGUUGGUAAAAGUUCACCCUUGUUAUUCGACGAGGAUACGUUGCCACCCAGCGACGCGGUGAUAGUCGAUUGCGUCGCCCUGGUCCACCUGGCGGCCGAUCAAUCCCCGAGCGAUUCGGGUCAACCGAUUCGUCAUCCGUCGCCGUAUUAUUACGGCGAUCUCUUCAAGGCUUCCGAGGAGCUACCGAGGCCGCAGCCGGGCAGAUACCGCAAAAGCGUGAGCUUGGACGUACCGGGUGAAAGGUCGAGGACACCGGGAUUACCGAAACGGAACUCGGUGGCCGGCGAUGGGGGCGGAACUUUCGAUCAGACUCCCGAUCUAGCGAGCCCGACGUCCGGCGGCGAAUCGCAGCAUGCCGUACCCAACGAAAGAACGGAAAUACUGUCGUCGUGCAUCAUCACGGAGUGGGACAACACCCUCAUGCCUACGCAUCGUUUGCUCAGUCACGAUUUGCCAACGACCGUGUGCACCUGCGUCGUGUCACCGGACGAUGAGGAUGUAGAUCCCCCUUUGCGCCAGGCGCGCAAAUUACGACGUACCAGAAAAAUCGACCCUCAAUCGAUACUGCUUGAGGACGAGGCCGACGACGAAGCGGCCGACAGAGAAACAGCCGAGAUGGCCAGACAGCGUCGCCUCUACGAGACGGCGUUCGAUUGCAAGGUGAGUCGAUCGGACGACGACCUCGACGAUCUGGAUCGCGUCACCAAUCACGCGGUUCUCCACUCCCAUUCGAGGAUCGCGUCCGUCCAACCGAGGACCUCAUCGCCGCCGGGUCGGGUGUUCGACUCGGCGUUCGAACCGGUAAAUUGCGUACUCGGUGGUGUUUAUCCUUCCAAGGAUCGUCGCAAGGUCGUACUGCUGAGGCCGAAGCCGAUACCGAGUCGUCUGCAGCAGCCGGACGCCGUGUCCGCGACGUCGCACGACUUCGAAUCCCUCCAGAUAAAUUCGAGCGACGAGAAAAAUUCGUCUACACCUCGUCUACCGCUGCGCGGCUACGCUCCGGCGCCGCCCUCCCCGCCGUCGACGGCCCCGCUUCCGGCCAAAUUUCACGGUCGCAAGGACGAUCACCUACUCCUGAACAUUCGCAGCGCUCCGAAUCUCCCCACACAAACCGACCACCCCCGUUUCAAGGACACCCGCCUCCCGGUCAAAUCCGUACGAGCCAAAGAAUCGCCUCAGAGCAGCGAGGGGAGUAUACUCGAAAUAAAAGGACGACCCAAAAACGGUCCAACCGACGCUCAAGGGCGACGUUUCGACAAGGAACUGAUCCUCGAGUUCAAAGGUAGGCCGAAGGAGGAACGACAACGUCCGAGAAGUUUGAUCCGCGAGACACGUCCCAUUAUGGAAUUCAAGGGAAGGCCUCACGAGGCGGAAGAACACCUACCGAGACCGCUGCAGAGGGAGUCGGGUCUGCUGGAAUUCAAGCUGAGAACGACCCGGAGAAGGGUGGGUUACUCCAGCACGGAGAGCAUGGCGACGAGCAGCAGCGGCGGCAGCAUGGAAUCCAUCAGGAGCAGCACCAGCGAAGGAAAUCGCUCGACCAGCAGCUCGGAAAGUAGGCACAGCACGAGUCUGAGUUCUCACAGUUCGGACAGCGGCAGUACGAGCUGUAUGCACAAUCAUCAGCAGAACACGUUGUCCGGCUUUCUGACGCAUCACGCGAACAAACUUCACAUACUCUCACCGAUAUCCGACAAAUCGUCUCAAGAGCCGGCUUCCGAGACAUCGGACAACAAUCGUAACAACAAUUCGCAGAAGGGUUCGCCGGAGGAAUCGGCUCUACUGCUGCAGACCACCGAUCAGAAUACGGGGGUGACCGGUAACGCCAAUACAAACGUAACGUCGCCGACGGACACCCCGUUCAAGAAACGUCGAACACCGCAGAAUAAGAAUCUGAUAAAUCUGGCGUUGCAGUCGUCGUCGUCGGGAGACGCCGAGAUCCAGGGAUCGGACAGCGGUAUAUCGAUAGAAUCUAGGGCCGGUAUAAAGUGCAAACCAUUCGGUUUUCACCUUAUCAAUCCCCAGUUGGAUAACUUGAACCUCGUCGACAACGAGCCGGAAUUAUCAGACCUUCCCUUCGAUAUGCCGAAACUUCGCCGACGAAGAUUACUUAUGCAACAGGACGCGACAACUUCCGGCAGCGCUACGAGCGUCGACCUCAGGGACCUGCCCUUCGACAUGCCGAAGCUGAGGAGGAGACUGAGGUGCACGCAGAGCGUGGAGUCGAGCGCUUCGCAGGCGUCGUCCAGUCUCUCGAUUCGAGACGUUGACGCGCCAAUUUUAUUCGGCGGCGGUAUGGCGCGGCCAAAAAUGACGCUGAAUCUGGACGCCGGGGUUGACGUGGGUGGCGGUAAAAUCGGACCUAAAAAACCCGGAGGGCUCAGUCUAGGACUACCUCUGGAAAUUGGUACGUUACGAGCCUCCGCCGAUCUGGUUGACGCCGAUCUCCCGUUGGAGAGACAAGGGUGGUACCACGGAUCGAUAACUCGAAUAGAGGCCGAAUCGGUUCUACGUUUGCUGAGGGAGGGAAGUUAUCUGGUCAGAAACAGCGAGUCCACAAAACAGGACUAUUCCCUGUCCCUCAAGAGCGCCAGAGGGUUCAUGCACAUGCGUAUCCAACGCAACGACGAACUGAACGCUUACAUAUUGGGUCAGUUCAGCAAGCCGUUCGCAACGAUACCGGAGAUGGUCCGUCACUUCAGCGUGAAUCGCUUGCCGAUCAGAGGAGCCGAGCACAUGUGCCUCCUGCAUCCGGUGAUCGCCCAACUUUUGUAGCGCAUCUAUCGCAGCGCCCUUUAAGGCGCUACGCAAACCGUUUACGAAUCACGAUUACCUGUAAAAAGGAUUUACGAUUCCAUCGGCACACUGGACAAUUGGCGUCGGAAAGGAUUUUUAUUUCCUAGCUGCGGACGGCAGCUUCGACGUUAUGUUAUCUACUUCCGUACGUACUUCGUAGGUACUUUGAAACGCGGUCUUCCCUUUGAAACGUGAACGAAGACUAAAACUACUGGAACUGAUGAAGAAAAAUUUAUUUCACUUCUACGCGGUAUAGAUUAUGAGGACCGUACGUUUCGAUACAUUCGGAUGAAAUGAUCAUCGUUCCAUGGAGAUUCCGCUAAAUUUUUGGUCUUCUUAUCGGGAAAAAAAAAAAGACGACUUACUUCGGGUAAAAAAAUCAAUAAGAGGAUAUGACUGCAAAAUUGGAUUGUCGUACAAGAAAUGAAUGACAGAAAAGAUACACAUGGUGUAGUCGCUGCAAACUCCCGCAGAUAUACCCAAAUGCCAAAAAAUUCGUCGAUAAUACUGUAUGUAAUUAAUACCGUCUAUAAUUAAUAUAAUGAUUAUACAGAUAAUAAUUUGUUGUCGUAAUCGUUCGUUAUUAUAUUGUUGGAACGAUAGAUAGAUUAUUUUUCAAAAAAAAAAGUACCAAAAAAAAAAAUAA